ACACCAAAAACACCAGCGUGCCAAAAGAGCAGUAUCGCAUGAAGAUCAGUUCUUGCGCCUCGACUUUCAUGCUCAUGGAAGGUUAGUGUUGUUUCUAAAAGGUAUUUGCUUUAAACAUUUUAGUCCUAUUGUCUGUUUAAUUAUAGUGAUAUAUAAAUGAUGAAAUACUGUUAUCAGAUUCAUGUCUGAGGGAAUAUAUUAAAAUGCAGUCUUGGCAGUUUAUAGCAAGUGUUUGCUCUGGUGUCCAGUGUGAAUGUCACAUUGCUACUUGUAAUCAGUUGUUCAAACUUGUGCUGGUAACUGUUAAUGCACUUCAGAAAUACAGUAAGAGUAGAGCCUGGGAACGAAAUUUCACUAGACUCUGACUUUAUUGUGUAGGCAUGGCAAAUUUGUUUACAAAAACUGUGCGGAAUUUUGAGUGGAUUUGGUUUACUUGAGCAAAUGCACAGUUUUAAAUUGCAUCCCAAACUGCAAAAUUGGCCGUGGAGUGCUCUGUUUCAUGUGUAGUAAAAUGGCAUUUUUCUGUGUAGCUUAGCAGUUACUUGACAUGGAGAAAACAUAAUUACUGUUACAAGAUUGCUUAGCCAUACAUUUAAUUUCUGAUUGAAACUUUUUCAAAUAGUGAAGUUAGAUAGUGUGAGCAGUGGAAGUAUUAUUUGUAGAUUUCAUUUAGACAGUGCUGCUUCCUACACUUUUUUUAUAAUUGAGAAGAAAGAAAGUUGAAAUAUUUCUGUCUUUGCUUCUUUGCUGACUGCAUCCUGUGCAACACCAUUGCCUUAAUAUUUUUUUUAAGAAUGUGUAACGCCCUUGCUUGUCUAAUUAUUUCAAUUACAAGGGAAAUAACUAACCCUUGAUAAAUAUUUGUCAUCCAUAUCUAGAAACCCAGGAAGCUUGACAGAGCAAAGGCAAUACUGCGUCUUUUGAAUCUCUGUUUGGAAUGUUCAUUUGAGUAAAUAUUCUCCUUCUGCACUGGCUCGUAAUUUCCUCAAGGAAUGAGGUGUUGCUACUGGAGGUGUAUGGCACAAUGACUGAAUUUCAGUGCACAUAACCAAAAGGCAAGCGAUAGGGUUGUAUUUGCAACUGCUUUAGAUUAGCAACCAAAGUCCUAAAUUUGAAAUUCUGUCCUUAAAUCCAUGUUUUUGGGUGUGGUCCUAGUCCAACGGAUUUUAUUAUUUAGUGCAUAGUCACGCUGUUGCUAACUCUGCCUUAUCUUCACAAUCAGUAGACUUUCCUGCUGAAUUCUUUUUAUAUACUAGGUCUUUGUUUUGAGUUGGCUUCUGAUGAAAUGGUUGCCUUAUGUAGAUAGGAAACAAUGCAGAAGCUGUCCCAGUAUCUACUGCAGUUCACUGCUGGAGGUAGCAAAUGGAGCUAGCUGCACACAGAUGGUUUUUUGUUGCAUCAUUGUUCUCAAACAUCAUUGUUUGAGAAAACUUUCCUUAUUUAAUCUUCAUCUGAAAAUCAAAUGCUACAGAGUUUAUGAUUUAAAAAGAGUUUUUUCAAAAUUCUUAUUUUUGGGGGAUCUAGAAUAAAACUGUCAGGUUUAAUGCCUGAAUUCAAACAAACCAGCUGCUAUUAGAUGCUAAAACCCUAGCUCCACAUGGCACUUAAGAUCACUGAAAGUAGGCUAUGAAUUCUUUUGAAUUAUUAGCUGUAUUGUAGAUGACUUGACAUUGUUGCUUCAGGAGUGGUGCAAAAUGUGCUUAUUCCUGAAAGGCUUGAAGUAAGAAGGACUUUUUAAAACGAUAUAGUUUUGUAGUUCGUAUUGUUUUAAAGCAGUAUAGUUGUGCAUCUCGCACAUGCCAUUUUACAUUGAAUGUUUUAGUGUGAAUUAAUUUAAGGUGCCCUUUGGGCCUGAGGAGGAUUCACACAAAAUUAGUAAAUGCACAGCGUUAGUGUUAGCUUGGGGGGAAAAAAAGAACCUAAAUGGAAUAAGCACUGCUUAUGGCACUAGGCUGCAAUACAGUGAAAGAAUUUAAUGUGAUAUAACUUCAUUUUGUAUGUCAAGGCAAUGUCAGCAAUUCCAAAAAUUAUGUUGGAACAUCACUAAAAUUGAAAGGAUGUAUUUGACCUUGUACGCUCAGUCUUGGUUGACUAAACCAAAUGUGUGCUAAAUGCAUAUUUACUGUCUUUCACUGACUGAGUACAGCCCUUCCCAUCCAGAGCUGUAUAAAAGUAUUCUUUUUCAGUAUAGGCAUUUGCAAUAUACUGCAGAAUAUCUUAAACUGAGCUCUCAUCAACUGCAGAUGUCAAAAAUAUGCUGGAUACUUCACUAUUAGAAAUUACAUUUUGAGGACAGAACUGGAAAAACUUCAACGCCAUCAGCCUGGUGUCUGAUGAUCUCUGAGCUUCAGAAAAUAAGAAUUCCUGACUCUCAGAAGAAUGAAGAAACUACCUUUAUGCACUGUUUAACUGUGCUGUCAAUGUCUUACUUAAUGCUCUUCUAAUAACUUACACCUGGUUUGUCCUCUGAAUCACCAAUCUGCAGCCACUUCGUGCCAACCUUGUUAUUGGCUCUGACUUGGUCAAGCUGCCUAUGCAACAUGAGUCAGUGAACAAGCAGAAUUUUUCAAGCAGUGCUUGAACACGUAAUAACGUUUUAUUUCUAAACUAAAGGUACACCAAGAGCUUCUUUCAGAUGUUCUGCAAUUUAAGUACUACUUUUCAUAGUUUUUUUUUACCUAAAACUUUAUUUAAAAUGAAAAAGCUGUGUUAUUAAGUUCCAAGCUGCUAUUGGAACACCUGGUCUCUACAUGGUCCUUACAAUAGGAAAACUGUUACUGGAAGUGCUUGCAGUAUACCUGCACCAUCACCUCUUUGUAAGCAAUACAGAUAAAAAGGCCCUUCGUGUGGUUACGCUUGGAAAUACUUUUUCAGUUGUUUAAUACUGUUGAAUUGUUUCUAUAAAGUCUGGAAAAUAGGGACAUGGCAGCUAAAUCGAGGGGUUUUUAGAUCAAUGUGUUCAAAUCUUAAAAAUUAGCUCCGAAUAGGAAUAAAAUGCCAUAAAGACUGAGGCUGUCAGUUGAUGCAGCUGGAAUAACCUGUUCUUUAGGCUUCACCUGAGACGGUUUAUCUGGACUCAGAAGUACUUCUGCUGUAUCAGGUGCUGACAGUCAUUCUAGAUUGCUCUACGUAAAUGCUUGUAGAGCCUUGGUAUGUGAUAUGAGCUGUGCUAUGUUUCUGGUGUAACCAUUUGACUUUCUUAUUCUCUGCUCUGUAGUAAUUUAUUAUCCAUUUUAUUGCCCUUCAUUAUUCAGAGAUAAAAAAUUUGUUCUUUAUUAAGAUAGUUAUUGACUGAGCAGGUUAUAAAAAUAAAGGGGACUACCCAAAAGAAGCUUCUUAGUUUGACUUUUUUUUUGCUCACCUGGUUUUUAAUUAUGUUAGAACCUGGCACAGUAUGUAAGUUGCCAACCUUAUAAAUAGAGGUGAGGAGGUUAUUUUGGGUAAGCAGGAAAACCGGGCGGUACAGAAUUUGCACUUAACUCUCCUUUCUAAAAGUUUUUUACUGGGAGGAAAAAAAAAAAAGAAGAGUUUAUAUUCAAUCCUGGGUAAAGAUUAGUCUGCUCUUAAAAACAGAAGGUUGUACUCUUCAGGACAGAGAGAUAGUUGACUUAAGUUCUAAGAGUGUGAACUAGACAUGUAGCUACUUGUUAACCAACAUGAAUGGUUUCUGUUAUCUGAGCUAGUUUGUGUGUUGACAGCUAUGUAUGUGAAGAAUAAUCAGUGGCAAAUUGUUUAAGAUGAGGGCUGCGUUUCCUUAGGUAUGAUCUUCUGGAAUAACAAGCUUAGCAGGUCUGUCUUGUGGAGACCUGGAAAGAAGUCACUGGCAAUCAGAAACGCUGCUAUGGAGGCAUUAAACACAGACCUUUGCUGCAAGCAUUCUGGUUGGGAUUGCUCCCUGUUCUUAUGUUCUUAUAGAUAGUGUUGUAUAUUUUUAAUAUAAAUGCUUACCAAAGGACAAUUCCCUCUGUCUGCAUAUGGGUGGUUAAUAGAUAAGCCCAGAGACUCCACCUGCUGUUUCAGGUAUUUUCUCUAGUACUGGUAGAAGAACCUAGGGAAUUGCCAAUUAAAUGAUGAUGGAAUACAUUGUGUGGGUUUAAUAGUAAGUGAAAACAGUGUAAAAUAAGUCUGUCCUUAAGAGUAGAUGUAGCUUAUGAGUAGUUAUUUUAAAAACAAAAGAACACACCUAGUACCCUUUUUGCAUGCUGCCUAUUAUAUCUUCAUUAGUUUUGGAAAGCAAUAUGCAGGCUUCCUAUCAAUGUCCUAAUACAUCAAAUGUUUCAUCGUGACAAAAUUGCUGACCUUAGAAAGUAACUCAUAAUCAAAAGAUAUGGAAUAAUAGAUCAAGCAUUAAUUUUUACGUGUGUACCUUUUAUGUUCUCUUUGUCAAGUGCUGUCAGCACAUGCACAUAGCCUUCCUUUAGAAAUUUAUUUUUAAAAAGCUGUUUUCUCUGUGAUUAGAGCACAAAACUGAACUAAGUGGAGCUCAUGGGGAAACUACUGUUUUUUAACUAAACAUGACGCUAUCAGCUAUUUUUCUGCAGUUAUCACUGUGUGCUUAUGAGUCUGAUAGUCUCCCUGAGGUAAACUAAGGGAACAUCAAAAUCUAUUUCCUGAUAGCCUUUAAGGUGCUGCAACUAAUGAGUAAGGCGUGAGAAAACGUAGCUUAUAACAGACUUAAUUAUAUAACAGUGUAAACAGCUUUACCAAAAACCCUGGCUUCAACCAAAGCAGCAGCCACGCAGUAACUAAAGAAUGCCUUGUUAUUCUCUCAGUUACCAGGUAUAUGUAAGAGAACAGCAACAGGAAAGGUCAAAUCUUGCUCUUAAUUGAUUUAUUUCUAUCCAAGACAGUCCUACUGCUGUGAAAUGUCUUAUGCAAGUUAGUAGGUGUGACAAAAGCAUUAUUUUUUCAGGAAAUAAUUACCUUCUGCCUGGUAUCUAACUAGCCUAGGGAAUACUAGGCUGCAGUGAUCAGAGUGCUAACACAGAGCUCUAUGCACACUAUGGAAAUGGUAGCUACAAAAAAAAAACAACCCAUAAACACCUUUUGGUGCCUCUUAUUCCGUUGUGGCCAGUUUUGGAAACCACAUUGAUUAAUGGUAUGGAGAGAGGGGUGGUUCUUCUCUGGGGCCUCCUGUCCAUAGAAGAAUUCAUCAAGUUAUGGAUGUGAACAGGGAAAGAAAACUGAAACUCGUUCUCUUCCAUAUCAUUUUGAGAGGGGUAGAGACUAGUUUAUAGAAACCUUAAUAAAGGGGAACAGCUACUAACUUUGAAGAAAUUUGUAGUAAAAUUUAAGUAAGCUUCUGUAUCAGAUAAGAUACCGAAAUGGAUUUUCUGUAGGGUCUUUUCAGGCAUAGUAGAGACAUAACUUAAUGGAAAAUUAUUACAAUUUAAGUCUGUAGGUGAUAAUAUAACAAUAACUGUCUGUUGUAGGCCUUGCUAAGUGGAUGUGAAUAGCUUUUACCUGUUUGCGUUCUUCAGUGAGUGAUUCUAAUGUUCAAAUGCAUCUGUAGUGAAUCACUUCUUCACUUUAACAGGAGAAUCUGCCCAGUUAUAUUACAUCCAUGUUGAAACUGUGAUGUGGGCACUGGCAGUCCUGGCUGUAAGCCUGAGCAUCUCAAGGAGUUCCUGCAGUAGUCUUCCACAUCUGCCAACUGCAUCCCAGGAUUUCCUAACCUUGUGGGAGAUGCUCUCCUCUGGUGGUGCAUGAAGUGGUGAAGCUUCUUGGAAGUUUCAUUUUCACUGUGGGAGCAGUAAUAGAUAGAGACAAUUCAACCUUCGAAUGAAGAGAGAUACAUCUCUUUUUAGUGAGGACUUUAAAGUAGAAACAUCAAACCAAGUAAUCGAUUAUGAUACCUCCCAUAUUUACACUGGACACAUUUAUGGUGAGCAGGGAAGUUUUAGCCAUGGGUCUGUUAUUGAUGGAAGAUUUGAAGGAUUCAUCCAAACUCACAGUGGGACCUUUUAUGUUGAGCCAGCAGAGAGAUAUAUUAAGGACAGAACUCUACCGUUCCACUCUGUCAUCUAUCAUGAAGAUGAUAUCAAAUAUCCUCAUAAAUAUGGACCACAAGGAGGUUGUGCAGAUCAUUCAGUGUUUGAAAGAAUGCAGAAGUACCAGAUGACUGGUAUAGAAGAACCAACAACAGAGAAGCCUUCUGAAGAGUCUGACAGCGACGGUCCUCAGCUUUUAAGAAAAAAACGUGCCACUCAAGCUGAAAAAAACACUUGUCAGCUGUAUAUUCAGACUGAUCAUCUGUUCUAUAAACACUAUGGAACAAGGGAAGCUGUAAUUGCACAGAUAUCCAGCCAUGUUAAAGCAAUUGACACAAUUUACCGCUCAACAGAUUUCUCAGGAAUCCGUAACAUCAGCUUUAUGGUGAAGCGAAUAAGAAUUAACACAACUGUAGAUGAGAAGGACCCUUCAAAUCCCUUCAGGUUUCCUAACAUUGGUGUGGAAAAGUUUCUGGAACUGAACUCAGAACAGAAUCAUGAUGAUUAUUGUUUGGCCUAUGUAUUUACGGACCGUGAUUUUGAUGAUGGAGUCCUUGGUCUAGCUUGGGUUGGAGCCCCUUCAGGAAGCUCUGGUGGGAUAUGUGAAAAGAGCAAACUGUAUUCUGAUGGUAAGAAGAAGUCUUUGAACACUGGAAUCAUCACUGUUCAGAACUAUGGCUCUCAUGUUCCUCCCAAGGUUUCGCAUAUCACUUUUGCUCAUGAGGUUGGACAUAACUUUGGCUCACCUCAUGAUUCUGGAAUGGAAUGCACUCCAGGGGAGUCCAAGAACUUGGGACAGAAAGAAAAUGGGAAUUACAUCAUGUAUGCAAGAGCUACAUCUGGGGACAAACUUAAUAACAACAAGUUCUCACUCUGUAGUAUUCGAAAUAUCAGCCAAGUUCUUGAGAAAAAGAGAAAUAACUGCUUUGUUGAGUCUGGUCAACCUAUCUGUGGUAAUGGACUGGUAGAAGAAGGAGAGCAGUGUGAUUGUGGAUACAGUGAUCAGUGUAAAGAUGAAUGCUGUUACGAUGCAAACCAAUCAGAUGAUAAAAAAUGCAAGUUAAAACCAGGCAAAUCCUGCAGCCCUAGCCAAGGCCCUUGCUGUACUGCGCAAUGUAAUUUCAAACUGAAGACUGAUAAGUGCCGAAAUGAUUCGGACUGUGCGAGGGAGGGAAUGUGUAAUGGUUACAGUGCUCUCUGUCCUGCCUCUCAGCCUAAACAGAACUUCACAGAAUGCAACAGGCGUACACAAGUUUGCAUAAAAGGGCAAUGUACUGGCUCUAUCUGUGAGAAGUACGACUUGGAGGAAUGCACAUGCGCUAGUUCGGAUGGCAAGGAUGACAGAGAACUGUGUCAUGUCUGCUGCAUGAGAAAAAUGGACCCGGAUACUUGUGCAAGCACGGGCUCCAGCCGCUGGGAGAAACACUUUGCUCGUAAAACUAUUACGUUGCAACCAGGAUCUCCUUGUAAUGAUUUCAGAGGCUACUGUGAUGUGUUUAUGAGAUGUCGGCUGGUAGAUGCUGAUGGCCCUCUAGCUCGGUUAAAGAAAGCCAUUUUUAAUCCUGAGCUGUAUGAAAAUAUUGCAGAAUGGAUCGUGGCUCAUUGGUGGGCAGUAUUGCUUAUGGGAAUUGCCCUGAUCAUGUUAAUGGCUGGUUUCAUUAAGAUAUGCAGUGUUCAUACUCCAAGCAGUAAUCCAAAGUUGCCUCCUCAUAAACCACUUCCAGGCACUUUAAAAAGGAGGAGACCGCCACAAACUGCUCAGCCACCACAGCGACAAAGGCCCCGAGAGAGCUAUCAGAUGGGACAUAUGAGACAUUGACUGCAGCUUUUUGCCUUGGUUCUUCCUAGUGCCUACAAUGGGAAAACUCACUCCAAAGAAAAACCUAAUAAAUCAUUGUCCCCAGUCUAACUCAAAAAUUGAAGGAAAAAAAAAAGCAUGACUUGCCCUCAAAACAAGUGGGAAUGGUGAAUUUUACGAUGAGUGAAUCUUCCAGCUCAAAAAGAAGAAAAAUGUUUUUCUUGCAUACUUUUAAUUUAGUGGCACAAAAUCCUAGAGCAUCAUGAUUCUUUCUCCCUCCUGUGCUCUUCAUUGCUGCAUUUUCUUCACUUGCAGGCAAAUAUGGCUGUAGUAAAACUUUUAUUCAAGAAUUGAAAAAAUAUAUAUUUUUCAACUGCCAGACAAGGCUAGGAAGCUAGACCACCUCAGCAUUGGAGACAUGACUUGCCAAUGUAUAUACAUUGUUAUAUGCAGACAUGUAUUUCUAACGUACACCCGUACUUGUGUGCAAUUGUAAACAAGAGAAUUGCAAUAUGGAUGUUUCUUUGUAUUAUAAAACUUUUCCGCUAUUAAUGAAGAAAUUACUGUUUAAUUGACAUACUCAGGAUAACAGAGGAUGAUGGUGUGUAAUGGUCAAGGAUCCUGUGAUGCUUUACACAGCAAUUUUGAAUCAAACUUUUUAUCAUGAUCAAAGUUGUUUCAAGCACUCAUUUUAUCUUUUCUCAAACAGCUGCUAAGGCAUAGCAUACAAGAUGGAAUGGUCUUUUAGAGAUACAGCAGGUGUUGUGCAGACUUUGCAAAUUCCAGAAUGUUUCAAACUUUUUCUAUAACGUCUGAUGUCUUGUAGCUCAGCAUAAAUGUCUUUAAGUUGUCUGAUUAUUCAGUUAAAUAAUGAAUAGUUAGAUGAAAAUCUUCCAUGCUUUAGUAGAAAAUUCUGCCUGUUUUUCAACUCGUUUUAAAAAUGGCAACCAAUUUAUUUGGGAUGUUCAAUAUUCCUCCGUUGUGAUGAGUUUGUGAUUCUGAGGACGAGGACAGAAAGAGAAGCAGUGGUUUGUUUUCUUUUUUAAUUUAUCAGAUAUUUGAGUAACUUUUCAGCAUGAUGCUGUUGGUUGAUAACCACUAAAGUAGUGAUUUGCCCAGCUUAUUGUGGCAGAGGUAAAACUGUAGUUAGGACUACCAACUUUCCCAGAUGUUUUAUAACAGUAGUGAAGUUCAACAGCACAAUGUCCCAUUCCAAAGUUUUUAUUACGAAUGUAAAUAAUUGGCAUUUUUAAAAGCGAAGACAAAAGAUUUCUUAAGGUGCUUACUGCUAUGCAGGAGAUGAAAGGGGGGCAUUACAAGCUGUUUAAGCUUUUGAUAUAUUUAUUGCUUGUUUUCCAAAAGCACCGAGCUAAUUAGAGGCGUAAAUGGCUAUGAUUUUCCUGGCUUUGCUUAGGAGAAAACUUACUAAGGUUGGACAGGCUUCCUUUGUUUUGGGUUUUUUUUUCUUUUUUUUGUUUCUUAAGAGUAUAAGGUUUACACAAUCAUUCUCAUAAUGUGACGCAAGCCAGCAAGGCCAAAAAUAUUACUGAAUAUAAUGGGAUCUCUUCCUUGUAAACUUGUACAGUAUGUGGUGACUUUUUCAAAAUACAGCUUUUUGUACAUGGUUUAGAGACAAAUUUUGUACAUGAAACCCUGGUCCAAUAGACUAUAUAAAUAAUUCUAAAUGAUCUUAACUAGAUAGAAGUGUAUGUAGUUGCUUUUAAAUCAUUUUAAAUACAUUUGUUUUAAGACUGUGCAAAGAUUGGAAGUGGGUUUGCAUUUCUAAAAUGGUGACUUUUCUUCAACAAGAGUUCUUAGUAACUUCUUGAGUGUGGUAGACUUUGGAACAUGUAAAUUUUUUGCCUGUAAUGUUAUCCUGUGGUAGGAUUUUGGCAGACAAACGCUGCCCUAUUUUAUUUUGAGUCUAAGUUAAAUGUUUUCUGAAAAGAGAAAUGUGCACUGAACUCUCCACUGCAAGUCAAGAUGUGGUAAAUCAAAAAGAAAGUUCAAGGCAAUGGAAUACUACUGUCAAUUUCAUGUCCACUGUGUUUUAUACAGUAUCUUUUUUGUUCACUUUGGAAAUUUUUACUAAAAUUGCAAAAAAAUAAAAAUAAAAAUGAAGUAUUGUGCAAAGAUAUGUAAGGUUUUUUGAAACUUGAAAUGCAUUAAUAAAUAGACUUGAUGAAAUCA